UCAAUCAGCCAUUUGGAAGUGAAGCGCAGAUCGGUAACACAGAGCUCUGGUUGAGGCAACAGCAAUGGGGAAAAAGACUCGCGGAGGCACGGGCAGGAGAACCAUAUUACAGCUCUCACCACCCGGACCGAACCGCAGCGCUACGGGAGGAAGCAGAGAGGAAGGGCUCGGCUCUGGAUCCGAAGACGAACCGGAGGGUAACACAGAUGGACAGGGAAUCCCGAAAGAAGUAAAUAUAAUUAUGAAGGCCCCAGCUGUGAAGGCCACACAGGGCUUGUCCUUGCUUGGAGCGUAUGAAGAUAGUGAUGAAGAAGAUGCUGGGGAGAGCCAAGCAACUGCCACCAAGGCAAAACACAACCAGUCUGCAGACAUUGACAGCACACUUGCCAAUUUUAUGGCAGAAAUUGAUGCUAUUACCACACAGCCGAAUGAAUCCGAGACAGAGGUUAGUGCUCCAGCACCAACUCCUCCUCGCCCAGAGCCUAAAUUAGACCAGCAGACAGCUCAAAAUGGACCAACACAAGAAUUUCAGUACAAUACACAGUACUCUCUUGCAGGAGCUGGGUUGGAGAUGGGUGACUGGCAGGAGGUGUGGGAUGAAAACACUGGCUGUUAUUAUUACUGGAACACCCAGACCAAUGAAGUGGCCUGGGAACUCCCACAUUACCUGGCCGACCAGAUGCAGAGUCUUCAGUAUGCGGGCAGCUCAUCUGUAAACGGCAAUGGUGUGGCACUUCAUAGUGGGGUAUAUACAGAACAGCAGCCUGUUGCAGUUGCCCCCAUAUCACAAAAAGAAACUAGAAAGAAGGAGGUGAUGGAGAAUGUUGUCGCUUUGACCAGUGAUGAAGAGGAGAGGCGAGGGGUGGCAGCUACUCUCCUUGCUCCUCUCAUCCCAGAUGAGGUGAAGGAGGCCGAAGAGAAAUGGAGGAAGAAGGUGCUUGGCAUGGAGGAGACUGUGGAGGCGACCCAGGAUCUGGGAGGAGAAGAGACUCCACCUGUGGACUCUCCGGCUAUUCGGGACACUGAUAGCCAGAGUAACCUGCGCAGUAGGAAUCAGUCUGCAGAAUCUUCUGAUAGGGAGGAGGAACCUGAAGAGGACACCAUGGAACUGGAACUAGCACUAGAGAGGAAAAAAGCUGAGCUUCGUGCCUUAGAGGAAGGUGAUGGCAGUGCUGGGGGUUCAAGCCCAUGUUCUGAAACCAGUCAGGAUGGGCCACGCAAUUUACUUUUAAAGAAGAACAAAUGGAAGACCUCUUUUCUCCGUGCUCCAAGUCCUGACUCAAACAGUCGGGGUUCAGACAAGGCAGGAUGGGCCACACCUGAGCACUCAGACAAUGCACAUUCCAAAACAGCUGAGAAGCAGCCGGAAGAAGAGGAAAAGGUUGUAUCCAAAGCUCUUCAAAAGGAGGAGGAGGACCUUAAGUUUCAGAUUGGAGAGCUUGCCAACACGCUAACCAGCAAAAUGGAGUUUUUAGGAAUUGACAAAAAAGCCAUCUCAAACUUUCAGCUGCUGUUGCUGCAAACGGAGACCAGGAUAGCAGACUGGCGAGAAGGCGCCCUGAAUGGAAACUACCUCCGGCGCAGGCUGCAGGAAGCCGCAGAGCACAUAAAACAUUAUGAACUUAACGCCGCUCCUAAAGGCUGGUCCUGCCACUGGGACAGAGAGCACAGGCGAUACUUCUAUAUGAACGAGCAGACCAAUGCUUCCCAGUGGGAGUUUCCAGUUGUGGAAGAAGAGGAUGCCAAGCCACCCUUGCCUCCCACAGCUGUAUCUGGAGAUCCCAGCCAACCAUCUUUAGAAGCCACUAGUGGUAUUGCAGACAUGCAGUCUUGUUGGUCAGUUGCCCAGCCACCACUGCCUCCGCUUCCUCCAGAGGACCCACCACCUCCGCCAACACAACCACCACCACCCCCUCCUCCACCUGAAUCUCCUCCUCCACCCCCUCCACCACCCCUCAGUGAUGACGGAGAGAUCGAGGAAGUGGAGAUGGAGGAUGAGGAGUCAGAACCACCAGCUCCUGGAACGGAAGAAUUUAAGGCCGCCGAAGCUGCAGCUUUAGGGGUUAUGGCUAAAGGUCAAAAACGUAAGGCCCCGGGUGUAAGCUCGCUCCCUAAAGCUGUGACCAUCGGCAGCAGCCCCAUUAUCUACACUCAUCCCACUCCCACAGCUGUCCCAAUGUUAGUUGGAAAUGCUUACUGGGGGAUGACUGCUGCAAUUUUACCGCCUUUACCUACAGAGACCAUAAGUCCACCAAUGCCCGUCCUACCUCCCCAGCCACCACCUCCAACUCCUCAGCCUCCCACCGCCAUCGACCCAGGCAAAGUGCUUAUAGAAAAAACAAAGAAGCCGAAGAAAGAAAAGACGAAGAAAAGCAAGACGAAAAUGCCGUCUUUGGUUAAGAAGUGGCAGAGCAUUCAAAAGGAGCUAGAUGAGGAAGAGAAGUCGAGCUCCAGUGAGGAAGAUCGAGAUCAACUAAAAAGCCGGUAUAUUGAGGAAUGGAAACAACAGCAACUUUCUACGGGGAUGGCUUCGAAAAACGCAAACUUUGAAGCACUGCCUGAAGACUGGAGGGAAAGGAUUAAGAAAAGAAAGAUGAUGCAAACUUCAUAACAUCAAUGUUGGAAACACUGAACAUGAGCUUUCAUCAGGGUGGACUGAACUGUGUUGUUUUUUGGUGUUGUGUCCAGGGUCACUAAGCUUAAGUAUGGACUUAGUUGGACAAAUUUGAAUGAAUGUCUCAAUUUACAUGGGCACAUGUCUGUCAGAGCCUGUUUGAGGUAAACUGUCUGGUAAAUUAAAAUGCAUCAUCAUCAUCUUGUAAAUAGAGAUAAAUCUUAGUUUAUUGGUCAUUGUAAACGUAUUACAUUAACAGCCUUUUUAUAAAGACAUGUUAAACCUGAAGGCAUUUUAUGUUUUAUUUGUUUACUCCAAUCACAAAACCUGUGCAUUUAUCUACAAAAUGAAACAAAAUAAAUGUUUAAGGACUUUCCAAUAUUAAAGCGUUUUGUGAAAGGUUAAGGGUGCAAAGAAUGUCAAAAACUGCAACGUUAAUGACACGUAACAUUUCUGUCUGUACGCAGCUUAUAAUAUUUUAUAAACAAUGUUUCGCAGUUUUUUUUUAGGUACAGAAGAUCAAUUUUGGGUCAGACCAAUUAAACAAUGUUAACGACAGUUUUAACCAUUCUUCCAAAAAACAUUUUUAAAAGUCAUUGUGGCAACUUCAUAGCACUUUAAAAAUUACGCUUUACCUUAUUAUUUUAUUACUUUUUCAAAGUGCGAUAAAAGUUAUGUUUGUAUGUGCCAACUGUUUUCUUUUAUGAAUGAUUCUGAACAUUGGUCAGUAUGUUUUACUGCACAUUAAUCUUGUAAAUGUCUUAAUUUUAAACUGAAAACCUUUUGAUGUUCAGUGUAAAUGCUGCCUGAAUAGUGAUGUAGGGCCAUUUCAGUUUUUUUACUGAACUGUGAAGACAAUAAAAUUUUUCAGAAAUA